AUUGAGUGGAUAAUACUUACUACCGUAGAGAACUUGGCUUGUUAGGUAAAUAAGUCCAAAAUAUCACAAACUAAAAACUCCUCACAAAAACAUUUUAUUUUGAAGAACUUGAAGAAUCCAGACAUGCAAAUGAUGAGUAUGAUGUUUCUGCUAUGCUCAAUAAUUUUUAUUACCAUCAUAUUUUUCAAAAUACAUAAGAGAGGGAAGAACAGCAACACACCUCCGUCUCCACCGGGACUUCCGAUGAUCGGAAACCUUCAUCAGCUCGGCCGCCACACUCACCGAUCACUAUGCUCUCUCAGCCACCGUUACGGGCCUCUCAUGCUCCUUCACUUUGGCCGUGUCCCCGUUCUUAUAGUAUCUUCCGCUGAAGUGGCUAAAGACGUUUUGAAGACGCAUGACCGUGUUUUCGCGAGCCGUCCUCGUUCAAAAAUAUUCGAGAAACUUCUUUACGAUAGGCAUGAUGUGGCAUCAGCUCCUUAUGGAGAGUAUUGGAGGCAAAUGAAGAGUGGGUGCGUCCUCCACCUCUUCAGCAACAAAAUGGUACGGUCCUUUCGAGAAGUGAGAGAAGAAGAGAUCAGUUUGAUGAUGGAAAAGAUCCGGAGAUCGAGUUCUUUGCCGGUAAAUCUAAGCAAGAUCUUGAUGAGUUUAACGAACGAUGUGAUAUGUAGAGUUGCUUUGGGACGAAAAUACGGUGAUGAAACAGAUUUUCAGGAGUUAAUGGAGAGACUAAGCAAGCUACUUGGGACGUUCAGUGUUGGGAGUUAUGUACCAUGGCUUGCAUGGGUUGAUCGGAUCCGCGGUUUAGAUGGUCAGCUUGAAAAGACGGCGAAUGAUCUUGAUGAGUUCUUUGAGAGAGUUGUGAAAGAUCAUGAAGAUGGUGACCACCGAGAUAGGAAUGACUUUGUGGAUGUGUUGCUCGCAAUUCAGAGAGAGAAGAGCGUCGGGUUUGAAAUCGACCGGUUAAGCAUAAAGGCUAUCGUCUUGGAUAUUUUUGUGGGUGGUACGGACACAUCGUAUGCACUUAUGGAAUGGGUAAUGACAGAGCUUCUACAUCACCCCGAGUGUCUGAACAGACUUCAAGAAGAAGUACGAACGAUUUGUAAGGGGAAACCGCGUGUAUCAGAAGAAGAUAUUCAAGAAAUGAAAUACUUAAAAGUUGUGAUCAAAGAGACAAUGAGGCUACAUCCUCCACUUCCAUUGAUGGUUCCUCACGAAUCAACUCAAGAUGUCAAGUUAAGAGGCUACCACAUACCUGCCGGUACAGAGGUUAUGAUCAAUACAUGGGCGAUUGGGAGAGAGGCUGUGACAUGGGGACCAGACGCGGAGGAGUUUAGACCAGAGAGACAUUUAGAUUCGUCUGUUGAUUUCCGAGGCAAGGAUUUUGAACUGAUUCCGUUUGGAGCAGGGAGAAGGAUUUGUCCAGCAAUAUCUUUUGCUGUGGUGUUGAAUGAGGAAGUUUUGGCUAACUUAGUGAAUCAGUUUGAUUGGAGAUUACUGGUUGAAUCUACAGAAGUUCGAACAGGUGUUGCUGAGUCAACUGGAAUAGCAGCUCCCCGCAUGUUCCCUCUUUAUGCCAUUGCAUCAACUACAAAUUAAAUGUUUGUAUAUGAA